CAGCCCUAGGCCAACCCCCCCCUAAUCAGUUGGAGCUUCUUCCACUCUCUCCCCUGAGACCCUUUUCUUUCAUCGCCCAUGCGCCAGCGAGCCACACCCCAACAUGGAAGCUUUCGUGACAGAGGCCUUCGCUUUGCUCGGCAUUGGCCUGCUCAUGAUAGGCCUUCGGUCGUAUGUCAGAAUCACGACCGUCGGCUUCAAAGGUCUCCAGGCCGAUGACUACCUCAUGUUUCUUGCAGCAGUCGUCUACUCCAUCGAAACUGCGCUUGCUUAUUCCGUGGGAGCUUACUGGAAAGGCCUCGCCAAUAAUGCCAUGGCUGACGAGCAACGGCGGCUGCUCGACCCCGCCAGCGAGGAGUACAGGUUGCGAGUCAACGGCUCCAAGACACAGGUCGCUGGAUGGUCAACCUACACCUUGCUACUGUGGACCCUCAAGGCCGCAAUGUGCACUUUCUACCUCAGACUUACGGAGGGCCUCGAAUUCAGAAACAGGAUCUACAUCGGAUUCGGUCUCAUAGUGUCGACGUGGCUGGCUGUGUUAUUCUCUAUCCUCUUCGGUUGCCAUCCUUUGGAAAAGAACUGGCAGAUUUACCCCGACCCGGGCAAUUUCUGCCAACCCGCCAUCUCAAAGAUCGACAUAUUUGUCACUGUUGUCUUGAACGUCCUUACCGACCUUUAUCUAAUGAGCAUUCCAAUUCCCAUGCUUUGGCGGUCGUCAAUGAAGCCUCUGAGAAAGGCGGGCCUCAUUUUGCUCUUCUCUGGAGGCGCCUUUGUGACCAUGGCGGGCAUUCUCCGAUGUGUGCUCAUUAUCACGGAUCCGGUCAACGGGGCUCAGCAGGCAGGAUCCUGGGCAGUUCGUGAAACUUUCGUGGCGGUGGUGACGAGUAACCUGCCCAUGGUCUUCCCGCUCAUCAAUCGGUGGGGCCGUCCGUUGAUCGGGUCGUUGCGCUCAUUCUCCUCCAAGGCAGGCAAGUUGUCAGGUCUCUCGCGCAGCGGCGACCCUCAGUCUGGUGCCUUCAGACUUCAGGAUAACCACCAGCGUCGCGGUCCCCGGAGCGUAAACCCGAUCACAGACUUCACAUUCAACGACAGCGAGGAGCGCAUCAUCGACCACCAAAGUGAACUACGCGAGCCGGGUCAGAAACAGGCGGCGAUUGAAACCGAGACGAACCUCGAGGCGGGUACCGCGAGACGCUCUGUUGGAAUUGGACCUGGACUAGGUGCAGGUGCCGGGUCAGGAGGCAUCUUGAAGGAGACGUCGUUGCAGGUGACGGAGAUGCGGAAGAGUCGCAGCGACUUCUCGACUGACGAUCGAGACAUCGGGGAUUAUUAUCUGGUCCAGCAAUCGAGAAAAAGCUCCGAGGCGCAGCCACGGCCUAAAACGCACAAAAAGGUUAAACACUCAAGCCAUAGCUUCAGCCUCGGCAAAAGAAGCUGAGGCAGCAACUCGGGGAUUUAUGGGGCGCGAGGUGCACACAGCACAGUCGAGGAAAUAUUUCGCAGCCGCGAAUGUCGGGCCGACCGGGCAGCCGGGUUCGUGGAUUUCGGGUCUGGACCGCCACUUUGU